AAUUUCAAAUACAGACGAAAGCGGUCAUCUCCCAAACAUAAAAUCUCCCCAAAAAUACCGCAAUCUCCCUCUUCUCUCCCCAGAAAAACCCAAGUCCAUCAGUUUCCGAUCAAUCUCAUGGCCAAUAUCAAGCUCAAAACAUCAACACAAGAAGAAUUAGAAAUACCCGAAGAAGAUAGAGAGCCUCGAUUCGAUGAUUUCUGCUCUCCCGAUGACUCGGGCGAGGAUCCAACCUUUGAUAUAGUCGAAGAAACACGGUCGAAGUUUUCCAAGAUCUCUGUCAAGAAAUCUAGGCCUCGGAAAGCUAAAAAUAUGGAUCUUGAAAGCGAAGAUGGUGAAGAGUCAUUUGCAGUUGAGAUUCCGGAGCUCAAUGAGAAGGAUGAGAAGUGCUUUGAGAAGGUGGAAGAGCUCAUAAAAGAUGACCAUUUGGAAAAAUUAAAACUGGAGCAAUGCAAGGUUUAUUUGAGGAAAUAUGGGUUGAGACUAACUGGAACCAAAGGCAUCCUCAUUGACCGCAUCAAAGAGCAUCUUGAGAAAGCUAAAAAUAUGGAUCUUGAAAGUGAAGACGGUGAAGAGUCAUUUGCAGUUGAGAUUCCGGAGCUCAAUGAGAAGGAUGAGAAGUGCUUUGAGAAGGUAGAAGAGCUCAUCAAGGAUGGCCAUUUGGAAAAAUUAAAACUGGAGCAAUGUAAGGUUUAUUUGAGGAAAUAUGGGUUGAGACUAACUGGAACCAAAGGCAUCCUCAUUGACCGCAUCAAAGAGCAUCUUGAGGUAAUAAAUGGAGGUGGAGAGAUGAAAUACCCUCGCUCUAGCUUUGUGUUGAAUUGCAAAGGAGAUGCCUGCACUGGAGAUAUCGUCAUGUUCGAACAAAAUGUCUAUGAAAUGUUCAGCAUUGCUUCAAGAAGUGCUACAGGUCCCCCAUGUGGUACUAGGGUAGUCAUAGGGCGUAUCGUUAAGGAAAGCUAUGGAGCAGCCAAACAACAACAUACAUUCACAAUAGAAGUUCUGUGGAGUACUGGAGAGAAACCGUUGCCACCUCUUCAUCCCCUUUUAAUUAAGGGAAGGAACCUCUACAGGCUUAAGACAAUGAGGCAGAGAUGGGCCGAUGAGGAAGAAAGAAGAAAAGUUCUUCAAGAGAAACACUCUAGAGGUUUUGUUGCACGCUGUUCAAGGGAGACUAGGAUCAAAGAGAAAGAAAUGAGAAAAACGGGUCUCAUCAAAAGGAAGGAGAGCAAGACUGCCAAGCAAUCUGAAAAUUCUGCUCAAGCUAAGGUUGAACAGCAUCAUCAUCAAGAUGAGGAGAACAAUGGCAUCCUUCAACAGAAUAUUCAGCGUAACCAGCAGUUCAAUCAUCAACAGAUGAAUAAACAUCCAAUCAACCCAAUCGUAAAACAGAAUAUUCAGCAUAAUCAGCAGUUCAACCAUCAACAGAUGAAUAAACAUCAAAUCAACCCAAUCCUACAGUGGAAUAUUCAGCAUAAUCAGCAGUUCAACCAUCAACAAAUGAAUAAACAUCCAGCAAAAAAUGUAGUCCAAAUCCGAAACAUUCAACACCAGCAGCAAGUCCAGCAUCUUCAGAAGGAAAACUUUACGAAGCCUCAAGAUAGGCCAAUGAAUGCUGAACCAUUGAAAUACCAGUUUCAUGAUAAUCGAUGUCAAUCACACUUCAACAACAACCAUGGUCGAUAUCAGCUGCAUCACACAAGCGCGCAUCAUGAAGUCCAUUAUAGGCAACCAAUAGCAGGCUCGAACUAUAACUUACCUAGACAGCAAAAUUGGGCACAGCCAAGACAAUUGUGUCGGUAUUAUCAUCAAGGAAGUUGCUUUUACGGAGAGAGCUGCAAGUAUCUUCAUCAAUAGCGACUUGGAUGAGGGAGAGUAUAUGGGGUUUUGUUACUUGCCUUAGAAAUUGAGUAUGGAUUGAGUUAUAGAAUGAAUUUUGAAUCUUGAUUGGAGAUGCAACGGUGCAUCAUUUAAAUAUUUUAUCCAACUUUCUUUUGUGGGUUAAGGUGGGAUGUGCCAUGGGAAUUUAUUUUGAUAACAGAACUGUUAGAUUCAAGCAAGAUAUAUUUUACCAGAGAACCUCGUUAUUC